AGAACUUUUAAGUUGACCCACACCAAAAGUCUCUUUGGUUUAUAUUCCCACUCCUCCACUCUCAAGUUAGAUAACCCUAAUUCCACCCGACCCAGGACACGCCGUUUGCGCUUCUUCUCACCACCAACUGAUCUCUUCAGUUUGAACAGAUGUCGCGUGUGUACGUUGGUAAUUUGGACCCGCGAGUUACAGAGCGUGAACUCGAGGAUGAGUUUCGUGUCUAUGGAGUCAUCAAGAGUGUUUGGGUUGCAAGACGACCACCUGGUUACGCUUUUCUUGAUUUCGAAGACUCAAGGGAUGCCCGCGACGCCAUCCGUGACUUAGAUGGCAAGAAUGGAUGGAGAGUAGAGCAGUCUCAUAACCGUGGCGGUGGUGGUGGAGGCCGUGGUGGUGGUGGAGGCCGUGAUGGCGGUCGUGGCCGUGGUGGUUCUGAUUUGAAGUGCUAUGAGUGUGGAGAGUCUGGUCACUUUGCGCGUGAAUGCCGCUCUCGUGGUGGUGGUGGCUCUAGGAGGGGUCGCAGUCCUUCUCCUCGUGGUCGCAGCCGUAGUCGCAGUCCUCCAAGAUACAGAAAGAGCCCUACCUAUGGAGGGCGCAGGAGUUACAGCCCUCGUGCAAGAUCUCCCCCUCCUCCAAGACGUCGCAGUCCUUCUCCUCGUGGUCGCAACUACAGUAGGUCACCUCCACCUUACAGAGCACGUGACGAGGUCCCGUAUACUAAUGGAAAUGGUCUGAAAGAUGUGCGUAGAAGCCGCAGCUGAGUGUUGAGGGAUCAGGGAACCAACUGUUUUCUUGGGACGUCAAGAUGACAGAUUAAUGGAAAUUAGUAUCUGUGAAUCUCGCUAAGAGAAACAUGUUUUAGCUGUGUUGGAUGUGCUGUGCUACUUUUGAAUUGCUGGAUCAUGCUUCUUAUUUGCGUUCGGAUAUGAAGCCGUAGUUGUGUCUGCCGUUAGGUAAAGUACUUUUUUAAAUAUUCCCUACCCCCAAGACAUAAAAGCAUUAAUGAAAUUCUGAGUGUUUUGUUUUUAUUGUGUAUGAGGUUUCUUCGGGUUUCUACUGCUUCAUUGCUUAUCUACUCUGCUCUUGAGAGUCUUGAGCCUACGUUAAUUGAUUGACCUGCAAUGGCAUCUUCAUAAUAGUUUGUGGAUCCCCUAGUUUCUUCGGGUUGCUUCAUUGCUUAUCUCUGCUUCUCUGCUCUGCAAUGAAGCUUCUUCGUUAAUUUGAUUGACCUGCAAUAGUGCAAUGUCAUCUUCAUAGUAGCUUGUGGAUCCCUAGCUUUUCUUCUGCUUCGUUGCUUAACUCUGUUUUUUUCUGCUCUGCCCUGCGGUAAUUGAUUGACAUCUUCAUGAUAGUUCACAACGUUGUGGAUCUUCUAUGUGCUUCUGCUUCUACUUCCUCGCAUGUUUGAAAACUUCAUCAGCUCUGAUGUUGCCUUCUUCAAAAACCAUUACGGCCUUUUUUUUCUUGGAACUUAAAAAGAGUCUCUUUGUUUUAUACACUGCCAGUGGCAGGUACUUAUCACGCUUUGAAUAAAUUAUCCAGUUGUGAUCAA